UAUGUGCAUUAUCGGUUAUCUUAAUGAAUUGUUCAACUUCAUCAUUUUCGUUUCAAAAAAAAAGUUAAAUGCUAAUCAAGAAGAUCAAAUGGUUUUUAUACUUCAGUAAACGAAAGAAGCUUUAGAGGUAUCUUUUAAAAGAUAUAAACAUGCAAAAAAUAACACGGACGAUUCGAAACAAGAUAUAUAAAAAAAGAAACUUUCAAAGUGAAUCUGCAACCAAGGAAUUCGAUGAUGAUUACGUAGAAGUAUACAAAGAGGUGUUUACAAUCUAUGAUAAAAAUAAAAAUGGUCAAAUAGACACUCAGAACCUAAAAUCUGUUAUGAGAUGUUUAGGAUAUAACCCUACUGAAGGCUGGUUGCUAGAUACAACUGUUAAGUUUGACGUUGACGAAAACGGAAAAAUAAGUUACUCUGAGUUUGAAGAGUUAAUGAAUCAAGUAAUGGAACCCAUUAACGAAGAAAAAUUGUUAAUUGAAGCAUUUCAUAUUUUUGAAAAUCACGGCUUUGUCUCGUACAAAAGUUUGAAUGACGCAAUAAGAAAAGCGUUUGAAAACUCUACUUUUAAUGUGGAAAGUCUUUUAGAUGGCAAUUCGUUAAAAAUGGAUUGUCAAUUAAACAAUGAAGAAUUUUGCUCUUUGUUUAAAGAAAUAAAAUCACGAUUCGAAUUAUUUCAAGACGACAGUUCACAGAAUCUAAAAAAUUUGAGGACUUGUAUCGAUGAAGAAAAAAUCUGAAAAACUAUUUUGAAUUUUUGUUUUAAACAAUAAAUUGACUUUUUUAAACUACAAUUUGUCUAUUCAAGAGCUAUUUCAAACGAGAUUUUGUUAGCUGGUAAACAUUUUAGUAGACUUUCAUAUAUUUAUAACAUAGCUUUUCAAAUAUAUGUACAAUAUUGAUUUUUUUAAAAACAUUUUUUUAUCUCAA